AUGGAAGACCCCUCGAGUGGGAACGACCGUGCCAUGAACGUGGAGCUCCCUGGCAGCGACCACGAUGAAGAACGCGAAGAUCGAUCGCCUUUGGAUCGCUCCGCAAGUCCGACGGCCGGAUCUGCAUUCCAAGGCCGAUUCCAAGACCGUGGAAGGCUGCGGAGCCAAGAGACGGUGCGACGACUGUUCCGAUCACCCCAAGGACGCCAACAGCCGGUGGCAGUGGACGAGUCAUGGACGUACGGACGGCCGACCGGUCCAGCGCCUGACAGAACGGCGCCUACGGAUGGCCCAGCCGCGGAGAACGAAGACGCGGACAUGGGCCAGACGGACGUGUACCUGCUCAACGCUUCGGCCCUCCCGAAACAUUCGACGUUCAAGGGAUCGACCAAGGAGGAACGACGUACGUUUAUAGCUGCGUACAACUUGUCCAUCAGCCAGACAACGACCCUUACCGUUAAUGGGACUAAACCGUUCGUUAUGCCGGUGAACGUAUGUAUCGAUCCAGCUAGCAAGCAACGUAUUGCUGAGUGGGAUAUGGGUAAGGACCCGUAUGAAGCGACGGAAGCCGAAUGGGUUGCGUGGUUCCGGCAAGGUUAUGACGUCGACCCACGGGCGCUGGACAAGCUCAAGAAACGGAUCAAGGCGGCUGUCGUGUUAGACAUGUCCGUACAAGAUGCCGACUCACGUAUUGGAAAGAUCUUGGAUGGACUGGCAGCCGCCAUCCGUCGCGACCGUCAGGAAUGGGUGAUCAAGGAAGAAAGCCGAGCGAUCGUCAAGAUCAUUACGGACGCGGUCAAGUCGGUGUCGCUCCAUCGUGCCGUGACUGAGCAGAUGGCGUUGACACGCAACAAGCCGUUGAAGAAGGACGUAUACCGUUUCGUACGGUGGUUGCGGGAGUACGCGAUCGGGCACGAACGGUUCGUCGGUUACGAAGAAGAUACGAAGCCCGCUGCGAAGCCGGAUCCACCCAAGACGAACCAAGGAGGUACACACGGACUCCGUACGCCUCCGACUCAGUCGACACCGCGGGCACCAGCGACAGCGACGACGCCCCAGGCAUCACCUGGGCUGACGUCAGCGAACAGCUGUCUGAAGUUCAAGUCUACGAGCCAUCGCGUACGGGAGUGCCCGGGUAUCACCGAAGUGGAAGCAGUGAAGCUCCUCAAGGCACACGGACGAUCCCUCGGCCGUGGACGGAGCGACGAAGGUGUGUUGAUCGUAAAUGUUUCGUUGCUCGACUCCGGAGCUGCCUUGUCGGUGGCAUCUGGUGGCCUCGUGUCGUCCUUACUGGCAGCAGGUGCUGCACCAGAGAUCACAACCAUCGGACCGUUUUCCCUACGGCCGUACGGAGCGGACAGUCGACCGGUCGUCGUGACCAAGCAAGUCCGUUUUGGAAGUUUGGAAUUCAAGACCGGAUGUGGACCCUUGAUGUUGAGCGGGUUGCGCGUAUGGGUCGACGGAGCUGUGGCCGGCGUGGAACUGACCUUAGGCCUGCCGGUCAUGCAGAAGCUGGGUUACCCCUCCUUAUGGAAGAGACGUUGGUGGACGACAUCGACGACGACGAAGGGAUGUGCUGCGCGACUCCAGACUGGGGUACGGACCUUCCCAGGGCAUGGAUGA